AUGGGAAGACAGAUAGAGAGCUUGAACAAACAAAUCGAUGAGUUGAAGAAACGAGGAGAGAUAGUCUCACACAACAAGAAUUCCCCUUUCAGUAAUGACAUUUUGGUUCAAACGGUCGAACCGGGUUUUAGAGUACCUGAUUUGCAGAGGUACGAUGGAAUGAAGGAUUCGCAGGAGCAUGUGGCUGCAUUUGAAAUGGUGAUGAACUUAUACAGACAACCGGGUCCUAUCAUGGCAAAAUUGUUCGCAACUACGCUCACGGGAAAGGCACAAGAAUGGUUCACAAAUUUGCCCCGGGGAAGCAUUGAAUCUUAUGAACAGCUGGUACAAAAGUUCAAUUUUCAUUUUGCGAGCAAAAAGAAACAGAAGAGGUCGGCAACCCAUCUGUUCAACAUCCGACAGAGGGAAGAGGAGUCCUUGAAGAACUUCAUGGGGAGGUUCAAUAAUGAGACGUUGGAGGUGCAAGAAUUGAGGAUUGACAUGAUCGUAAGUAUUUUCAUUCACGGGUUGAGGAAAGGUCCCUUCACAUCUGCGCUCGCACGCGACCCUUUGGGGGAUGUUGAGCAGUUAAUGGCUUUAGCUCAGAAGUACAUAGACGAGGAAGAGGUGAACGCGAUGAUGGAUUCUGAACGAAGAGAGCGCGAACACACGUACAGAUUUCAUCGUGAGAGGGGGCACAACACGGAGGAAUGUUUCCAACCUACGGACGAGAUUGAGAGGUUGGUUAGACAGGGAUACUUCCAGGAUCGAAUUCCCCAAAACUGCAAGAUUAGUAAGGAGACGAGGAGGAGUAGGUCGAGAAGCCGGGAUCGAAAUCCUGGCCCUUCAAAAAUGAAAAAAGUCCCACCUAGCGGGAACAAUGCACCAACCAAAGGGGUGAUCUACACCAUUGUAGGGGGCUCGAGUUCGGGUGAUUCGAGCAGGACCAGGAAGAGAUGUUCUAGAACCAUGAGCUCGGGCAGAGGAAGAGAGUUCGUGCUAAAAGUUGAAGAGGAAGAAGCCAUUUCCUUUGACAGCUCAGACAAGCCAGAAGAAAGCGGAGAUAUGAAUGAUCCAAUGGUCAUCCGGUUGGACAUAACAAAUUUCACUAUUCACAAGGUGUUGGUAGACAAUGGCAGUUCCGCGGACAUCAUCUUCGAAAGCGUGGUUGACAAGAUGGGUCUAGAGAAUGCUCGGUUGGAACCGGUGAAGACUCCACUGGUCAGUUUUGGGGGGAGCGAAGUAACCUCUUUUGGAACGAUCAAGCUGCCCGUGUGCAUGGGAGAUGAGCCUAAGAGAAAAACCUUGAUGGUUAAAUUUCUGGUAGUAGAUACUCCGUUCUCUUACAACGUUAUCCUGGGUAGACCGAGCCUGAAUUCAUUCCGAGCAGUCAUUUCCACUUAUCACAUGAAGAUGAAGUUCCCCAUAGAGCACGGGAUUGGAGAGGUGUCAUGCGACCGAAAGGAGGCUAAAAAAUGCUACAAGUUAUCACUGAAAGGGGAGUCCGAACAGAAGAAAAGGAAGAUCAAGGAAGAUGCUGAACCUCGACCCUAUGAGGCAGAACACUUGAAGCCCAGCGGUGAAUAUAAGGUUGUGCAGCUCGUGCCUGAAGAACCCGACAAAACUACCAGAAUUGGGGCGAACAUGGAUAGAGAGAUGGCCAUGAUAGAUUUUUUGAGAAAGAACAUAGACGUGUUCGCGUGGAAUCCUUCGAAUUUUACAGGGAUCGACCCAGAGGUCAUUGUGCAUCGUUUGAACAUCGACCUGGGGGCCCGACCUGUACAAUAG